AUGAGCGAUUUUGACAUAGAUGAAGUAUUAAACCUAGAAGAAGAACAAUAUAAUUUAGGAUUUAAGGAGGGACAGGAACACUCUACCAAAGAACAAUACUUAGAAGGAAAACAAUAUGGUUAUCAAACUGGGUUUCAAAGGUUUUUAAUUGUUGGCUAUAUUCAGGGAUUGGUAGGGGAAUGGUUGGAUAAUCUAGACAACUAUAAUGCUUCCAAAUCACUUCAAGGUCAUAUAAAUCAACUAAGUGAACUAAUAACUGACAUACCAUUGACAAAUGGAGAUGAAGAAGUUGAAAAAUACGAAAAAAACAUCAAAAAGGCAAGAAAUAAACUAAGAGUGAUUGCAAACAUAACUAAAGAAAAUUGGAGAAUUGAAAACUUGGAUAAUUUGGUUAAAGAAGUAGGUGGUACAUUGCAAGUAAGCGAAAAUCAAGAUGAUAUGUGGUGA